UUCUUUUUCUGUUUUAUUUGGUUUGUUGUUUUAUACAUUCGGUUACUUGAACUGACAUUGCAUCACUACAUAAAGGCAUGAUCAUUAUGCUAAUUCCGAAUAUCUUACUACAUUAGUACAUCAGUAAUAACUUGAAAGGGUCAUUAGGAAGACGAAGAUGGGCAAGCCACAUAUUUUAGCAGUAGCCUAUCCAGCACAGGGUCAUGUGAUUCCCAUGAUGGAGCUUGUCCUGUGCUUAUCUAAGCAUGGUUUCAAGAUAACCUUUGUUAAUACUGAGUCCAUACAUAAGCGUGUCAUGAGUGCUUUCUCCGUGGGAGACUAUGCAGGAGAAAUGAUCAACUUUGUUGCAAUCCCGGAUGGGAUGGAACCCUGGGAGGAUAGGGGUGACUUGGGGAGGUUGACAGAGACCAUGCUCCAGGUCAUGCCUGGGAAACUUGAGGAACUUAUAGAGGAAAAGAGGGGAAUAGACGAUGAUGAGAUUACUUGUAUCAUUGCUGAUGAGAAUGCCGGAUGGGCUCUGGGAGUUGCAGAAAAGAUGGGAAUCAAGCGGGCAGCCUUUUGGCCAGCAGCUGCCGCGAUGUUAGGCCUGCUAUUUAGAAUCCAAGAGCUGAUUCAGAAUAAAAUCUUGGACACUGAUGGAUCUAUUUUAAAAUGUCACAAGUUCACUCUAUCCCCAGGAAUGCCCAUCAUGAGCACUGAAAUUUUCGCAGCCUUCAGUGGCACGAAUGCUGGGAAAAUUCUUUUUGAUUCAGUAGUGUAUAAUAACAAAGUAGUGAAAGGGGCAGACUGGAUAAUUUGCAACACAAGUGCUGAACUGGAGCCAGAAGCCCUGUCUUUAUUUCCAGAAAUCUCACCCAUAGGGCCACUAAUGGCUAGCUCUCGAUCCGGAGAAUCAGCAGGCCACCUCUGGCCAGUUGACGCUACUUGCAUCUCAUGGCUCGAUCAACAGCCAGCAUGCUCAGUCAUCUAUGCUGCAUUUGGAAGUUUUACUCUAUUCGACAUCGACCAGCUCCAAGAAUUGGCUCAAGGGCUUGAAAUGACCGAUAGGCCUUUUCUGUGGGUUGUGCGGCCAGAUAUGACCAACGAGAAGAUCAAGACUUACCUUGAGGAAUUCGAAGCCAAGAUACAGAAUCGCGGACGAAUUGUGAGCUGGGCGCCACAAGACAAGGUCCUCAGUCAUCCUUCAGUUGGUUGCUUCCUGAGCCACUGUGGCUGGAACUCUACAAUGGAAGGCGUGAGCAAUGGAAUUCCUUUCUUGUGCUGGCCUUACUUUACUGAUCAGUAUCUUAAUCAAAACUACAUUUGCGACGUUUGGAAGAUCGGACUUGGAUUGAGCAAAGGUGAAACUGGUCUGAUCACGAGAGAGGAAAUCAGUAGUAAGGUGGAGCAGCUACUUAGAGACAAAUCAUUCCGCAAAAGGGCCUUGCUCUACAAAGAGAAGGCUGUUAAUAGCAUACAGAAGGGUGGUGGCUCUGACAAAAAUAUGAGCAAUUUCGUAAAAUGGAUAAGUUCAGGAACUGAGAUGUGCAAGCCAUAAGUGUUGUAUUCAGGAUUGGAAUUGUCACCCAGACUGAACCUCUUGCCACCAAAAAGCAUUACAUUUUGGAUUUGUUUAAUAAUAUACUAGUAUCUUUGUUAGUCAUUAACGCUGAUGAAUCUGACAAAAUGCAUUAUAUGACAAAAUCUUAUGGCAAAACGUUGCUGGAGAACUACUAUGGAUCCUCAGAUUCAAUAUUUAACUUUACUGAUGGUA